CCUAUAUAAUUUAGAGUCGGUUUUUGAUAAAUAUGAUUUGAAAACCGUUUCUAUGUUAGGAUUUAUAGUCGAUGUCCCCGAAGCUGAAAAUAGUUUUGGUUGGCUUGCUAGCUAGAACGCCGACCUGCAGGAACAACAGCACAACAGCAGCAUCACCGUCAAGCCGUCAACAAACAACAAACAGCAUCAACAACUACUGGCAUUGAGAAAGGAUCCUGCUCACCGCCAACGCCGAAUUCAUUCGUACCGAAGUGGCCGUUCAUCAGCUGUUCAUAGAAGACAGGACUGUUGCUUUUAUCACAGCAGAAGAGAACAACAAGCAACUCAGCUGUGGAGGAUCAUAUCGUUGAUCGAAGCAGUAUGAACAACAAUAACAACAAUAAUCACGAUGCCGAAGGGCUGCUCUUGGCGGGGCAGCAACAACAGCAGGGUGGCAACGUAGAGAUUCACGAUGACAACGUGGACGAUGAAGAGGAGGAGGACGACGGCAUUGAACGAGACGCCGAUGGAGUCCUCGAUGGUGGCGUGGCUGGUUCCUCCAACAGCUUCAGUGCCGAUGAUAGCUCCACCACCGCUGCCGCCCGACGUCGUUCGGCGGAUUGUGACUUGCUAUUGUUUAUUGUAUGCGGCGAAAACAUGGACGACAUUGCUCCCAAACAUCCCAUUCUGAAAGAAGGCGUGGUAGUCUCUAUUGGACUUGACAAAAACACGAAAUUGGGCGCUGUCUUUCGUCGCUUUGCGGAGUUUUGCAAUGAGCAUUCCAAGCACGAAGUGGAGGAUACGGACUUGGAAUUCUUCCACUGCCAAUUGUUGAAUGGAUCGGAUACUGCAGAGUCCUCGGCGUUGAUGAAGAACGAUCGAAUCAAAGUACGAAAAGAACGAUCUGCGGACCGACAAAAUCAGGCGGAGCUGAAACGUCUACAACGUGAUUCCGACAAGGAAUUCUUCAAACAGCUACAGCAGCUAAUGCCCAGUGGCGGUGCCAACAAGUAUUGCGAUGUGGUGUUUGAUUGCCAAGGAAAAAUCCCAGACGACAAUGGGUUUCCACAACAAGUACUUACCUCCAAAGUGAGAGGACAUUCCGUUGUUUUGGGCAAGCGAUGCAAAUGGCUGGGAGAAUUGAUUGAUACGGCGAGAAAAGAACGUGUCAAUCGUAGCUUCGUGACGGAGGAUCCACCAGCGGAUGGCAUUAUCAACAUCAAUAAUGUGAGCGAUGUGGUCAUCAAAGCAGAGGAGGAUGCGGCCAAUUCGCCUCAGAGCCAAAAUAGAAUUGAUUUCCCUACCGGACACAUUGUCGCCAACACCAGCUCCACAAUGCCAGAUGAAGACGGACAGCGUCCCAGACGCAGUGGCGACACGGAAGAUUACGACGAAGAUGACGAUGAAAUGGGAGUGCUUCCAUUUCCAAUGCCUCAGAAUAGACCACAAGCCAUUUACCGGGGCGGUGCCACCGAAAUUGAGGACGACGACAACAAUGAAGAUGGGUCCGAAGCGGACUCGAUGGGAGCUGUUGGUGGCCACUGGCGAGAUCGUGUGGUGAGGAAAAGUUUUAUUUCCCAGGAAUCGACGCAGUCGGAUGAGUUGGUUGUCACCAUCUCCAAGCAUUCUCCUCAGGCCAUGAAGCUGCUCUUGGAGUAUUGCUACAGCAACCGUGUCAUUCCUUUGGGACACGAUGCAUAUGUACAAGCGUGUCGAACCAAACCGGUCAAGCCCGAUGGUCCAGUGGCACCGUACUCGUCUUCGAGGCGAUGGCCAAACAAUGGUGCCCCACAGGUGACUUUGUCGGUUGCGUUGGCGGGCAUCUCGUUGGCGGAGGAGGCUGGUUUGCGUCGUCUCUCGCUCAUGUGCGAGGUCGCGGCGUCCCAGCUGGUCAGCAAUGCAAACGUUGUUCAUGCUUUAUCUGCGUGUACCCAACAGCACUCGUUGACAGGCAACUCGCUUCCACGCCUUCGAGAGGUUGCCAUGAGCAUCAUUCUGAGAUUCGGGCCGCGUGGCUUUUACGACGUGGCUGUCUUUCGAAAGGCACUCGAAGGGCCAACAACCUCCAUUAUUCCCACACUGCUCACGGGAACAGCGGAAGCCAUGGCCACAAACGACAAACAAAAGAACGAAAGCAACAAACUAUCGGGUCACAAGCGCGACUUUUCUGCGAUUGCUGACAGUUUCUACAGUUCAUGCGACCGAGAAGACACGUGUUCUAGAGAAAAUGAGCGACGGAUGCGUCGUUUGGAACGAGAUGGAAAGGCUCCAAGGCAACCCGCUGGAGUUCUGGUGAAGACUGAGGACGAAGACAUGUACCUGGAUCAGGUCCAUUCUUCCAGCUGGGCAGCCGAAUCAGUGAGGCGAAGUCUGAAGCGAAUGUCCCACCACGUGAACAUUGGUGGUACCUUUCGAGUGGAUAGAACUGGAGUGUACGCUACAACAUCUCGGGACUCUGGGGCAGGGGUCUAUCCCACUCGACGACGCCGCUCUUCCGAGCGCAAGUAGGCUUGAUCGAUUUGAGGCAUUGGUUUGAUGAAAAUCUAUUGUGAUGUUGGUGUUCACAUUGUAUGCAUUAUUUGCUACGCUCGCUUUUGUUUGUCUAUAUUACUAGCCGAUGAUGCACGAAGGCAUUGAAAGGCAAAGUUUACUAUUUUUAAAAAUUACAGCUGGAUGCACUUUGCGUUUUCAUGCAUGUGUUCGGCGCGCCAACAAGGAAGAUUUAGCGAAGUCCU